AUGUGGCGGGCAGGCUCAGGUGGCUUCUGGCUUUGGUGGCAUUUUAUUGCGGUUGGCCCGGUGACAGAUGCGGAUGCCAAUUCCACGUACGUAGCACAGUCAGGAAUAGAUACCUCGGCUGAAUGUUUCCCUUCUAACGGCGAUCAUGACCGUGAGAGUGAUGACAUUGGCGAGGCAAAAGACGAUGAUGAUGCCGCGGAUUCUGCUUCUAUUGAUGGCGAUGGACUGAUUGACGGUGCCGAUGAUGAUCAUGAUGAAAAGGGUGACGCUGCCGUAUCUGUGGCAGAAAGAGCCAUUUUCGGCGACUGCUUUGUCGGCCACACUUGUUGA